GUAGUACAAUGUAAGCAAAGUGAGUAACGAAAAGUCACUGCUAGAAAUUAGACCCUUUGAGCCAACUAAUCUGUAUAUAUAGGGGGCCCUACCACCGAUGUUCUUGCAUCAACCAUCCUUGGACCUUGGAGCCAGCGCAAAGCAAGCCAGCCAGCCAAUACCAGCAGUCCAAUUUACUAAACAUCAGUGGCAAAGACGAAAGAUGACUAGAUCAAGGUCUUCGAGCUCUUCCAGCAGCAGCAGCUCUUCUAGUAGCAGCUCAUCCGGCUUGAAAAAUUCUCGCAUAAACCCAGCAGCCAACCGGACGGAAGGUAAGAGCGCGAAGAAAUAUUCAGCUUCCGACGUCGUGUCCCAGCUCCCGUCUCUAUGGCGCCACAUGCGACGCGACUCAUCUUCCGGACCUGACGCAAGUAAAGCGAGCCCUGAAGCGGCCGAACAAAGUAGCAGGACGUCUUAUAUACCCUUCUUACGAGGCCGCGGACAGUCCAGCAAAGAUGCGAAGAAGCUUCCGACUUCGCGAUCUCCCAGUUCAGAGCGUCUUUUGCCGCGCCAUGAUGAUGAGUUGGAAGCGCACCAGGAUUAUUCGUCCAUAGCACCGCGGAAUGAUGCAGAACAGCCUGCGACGACCUGCAGGAGUCGCUUGAGAAACUGCUGGGGUGUUCUACUAUUGUACCUAUGCCUUCGAAAAGCGUAGAAUAGGGGCGAUGUUAUGGUUGUAUGUGCAGCAAGCGAGAAAUAGCCUUUGUCUAAUUAUAAUAAUACCGCAUCGUAUUAUCAAAAGAAAAUCUAAAAGAAGUAUUUUAAUAACCUAUGAAACUGAUAGAUGA